UCUCUGAAGCAUCUCGAACUUUCGCCGCCGCUCACUUUAUACCCCAUCCCCUUCCACCCUCCGCUCCGCCACAUCGCAGAACGCAAAGCAGCAUAGGAAGAACCAGCAGAGCUCUCGCCACCCAUAAUCCUCCAUCGAGUUGCAGCGAGCUGCAGCAGCGUCCAGCGAGGAGGGAGUAAGGAAGGAAGCCAUGACGGAGCUGUUCGACACGGCCGUGACCAGCCUCCUCCACCUGCCGGAGGUUCUCGACCGCCUCGCCGCAGCGGACGGCGACCGCCGCUCCGGCGGCCACCACGGCGCGCACCACCACGGCCGGCACGCGCGCGUCCACGGCCUUGGCACCGGCGCCGGCGGCGCGCCGGUGGACAUCGUGGAGACUCCCGGCGAGUACACCUUCCUGCUCGACGUCCCCGGUCUCUCCAAGUCCGACAUCCAGGUGACGCUGGAGGAGGACCGGGUGCUGGUGAUGAAGGGCGGCGGCGGCGGCAGCAGCAACAACAACAACGGGAAGCGGAAGCGCGAGGAGGAGGAGGGCGAGGGGUGCCGCUACAUCUGCCUGGAGCGGCGCGCGUCGCCGCGGUCGUUCGUGCGCAAGUUCCGGCUGCCAGAGGACGCGGACGUGGGCGGCAUCGCGGCGCGCUGCGAGAACGGGGUGCUCACCGUCACCGUGAAGAAGCAGCCGCCGCCGGAGAAGAAGACCAAGUCCGUGCAGGUCACCAUCGCCUGAGCUCCCCCAGACGAGGGAAGCGAGUGAGCAGUCGGUCAGGGGUGGCAGUCUAUCCGUAGGAGUGUAGUCUACGUAGAAGGUUGGGUGCUCUGUUUGUGUUCGAUGCAGAGCAGGGAGUGUGGCUGAUCGUCUUUCGUGAUGUCUCUGUGGAAUGGAACGAGUAUUCUAAUGUCAUCAGUUGCUACUAUCGGUGAACUCGCGAGAGAUUCCAGUAUUUCCAGUCAGUCAA